CUGCCAAUCCGUGCGCCGAGGGGCGGGGCUUGUUGCCUGGGGGACACGGGCGCGAGGCUGGCGAGGGGGCGCGCGGAGCCGCCGCUCCGGUGCCGCCGCCGCCAUGAUCCACAGCCUGUUCCUGAUCAACGCCGCCGGGGACAUCUUCCUGGAGAAGCACUGGAAGAGCGUCGUCAGCCGCUCCGUCUGCGACUACUUCUUCGAGGCGCAGGAGCGGGCCUCGGAGGCGGAGAACGUGCCGCCGGUGAUCCCCACCCCGCACCACUACCUCCUCAGCGUCUACCGCCACAAGAUCUUCUUCGUGGCCGUCAUCCAGAGCGAGGUGCCGCCGCUCUUCGUCAUCGAGUUCCUGCACCGCGUGGUCGACACUUUCCAGGAUUACUUUGGUGUCUGUUCAGAGGUGAUGAUCAAGGACAAUGUUGUGGUGGUUUAUGAGGUGCUGGAGGAGAUGCUGGACAAUGGUUUUCCAUUGGCAACAGAGUCUAAUAUUCUUAAGGAACUGAUAAAACCUCCCACUAUCCUGCGAACAGUUGUCAACACCAUCACAGGAAGCACUAACGUGGGUGACCAGCUUCCUACUGGACAGCUGUCAGUGGUGCCUUGGAGACGUACUGGUGUCAAAUAUACCAACAAUGAGGCGUAUUUUGAUGUAAUUGAGGAGAUAGAUGCAAUCAUUGACAAAUCAGGUUCCACAAUUACUGCUGAAAUCCAAGGUGUGAUUGAUGCUUGUGUUAAGCUGACUGGGAUGCCAGACCUUACCCUCUCCUUUAUGAACCCUCGGUUGUUGGAUGAUGUCAGCUUUCAUCCGUGUGUGCGUUUUAAGCGCUGGGAGUCAGAGAGAAUACUCUCCUUCAUUCCACCUGAUGGGAAUUUUCGCUUGCUCUCCUACCAUGUCAGUGCUCAGAAUCUUGUGGCAAUUCCUGUCUACGUUAAACACAACAUCAGUUUCCGCGAUAGCAGCUCACUGGGACGUUUUGAGAUCACAGUGGGACCGAAGCAGACUAUGGGGAAGACUGUAGAGGGAGUGAUGGUAACUAGCCAGAUGCCAAAAGGUGUCUUAAAUAUGACCCUCACAGCCUCUCAGGGAACACAUAUCUUCGAUCCAGUUACAAAGCUGCUGUCAUGGGAUGUGGGGAAAAUAAACCCCCAGAAGCUGCCAAGCCUGAAGGGGAGCAUGAGCCUGCAAGCUGGGACAUCAAAACCAGAUGAAAACCCCACCAUUAACCUGCAGUUUAAAAUUCAGCAGCUGGCUAUAUCUGGACUGAAAGUGAAUCGCUUGGACAUGUAUGGGGAGAAGUACAAGCCCUUCAAAGGGAUAAAAUACAUGACUAAGGCUGGCAAGUUUCAAGUCCGAACCUAGAGGAUCCUGAUAGUGAGGAAGAGCGCUUUCCUGUUUCUCCUGUCCCUGGCUGCUGGAUACAGCCUCUUAGCCCAUCCAUCUGUUUGGUGUUGCUCCCUUGCCUGUAGUAGCAUGAGCAGGAGAGCCAGUGCUUAGGGUGCUGGGGAGCAGGGAGAAGUGAGUUUGAUCUGAAACCAUCUCAUCCCCAGCUGAGUCUGAAGUAUUUGGAACAAUGGCAGAUGAGAGACGUGUUCAGGUCCCUUGGGAUUAGUGAGUCAGCUAUGUAAGCUUGUAUCACCUUCAUUUUGCUGUCUUAAAGGAAAUUCUAGGGAUUUAUUGUCUUUCGUAACUGCUCUUAUGUCUUGGUUGGCCUUUAUCCCUUUGUAGAUGAUACAAAGUUGAAUUUCCACAAACUUCAACUCCAGCAUGGUGUUCCAGCACCUGCUCUUCUCCAUCACUGGGCACUAGGGUGGAGAGCUCUGUAGUUCUUGGCAGCAGAGAGAUCAUGUAGUCAUUCUGCCUCAAAGAGAUUGGAAGAAGUGGAAAGGUAGAUUGUCCCACCGAGGAUGGGAAAUUAACAAGUCUGAUAUUGGGGAUGGUGCCACAGGGGGAGGAAGGGAAGAAGUGGGUGUUUUUUCUAGAUAUUUCAUAAGCCAUCUUGGUCAUCAAGUAUCUUGACAGUCUGGAAACCUGUCCAAAUCUUGGUAUGGUAUCCUGUGAAGGGCUGACUGUAGCACACGCGAUCUUGUAACUGAGGGGUGGUGACAUUUGAAUGUAAUUCUGCUUCUCUUAUCUAGUCAGUAUUUGAAGGUAGGGAUUCUCCUAGCUUCUUUAGGGAGUCAGGGAAGAGACAGAGUGGCAGGAGAAUUUUUGUGGAUGCAUAGCACUCUGGAAACUGGAGCUGUGGCUAAAUGAAGACAAUCACUAUCCUUCUAACUUGUUGGAACCUCUUUUCAUCUCUGCCUGCCUGUUACAAAUGAAGGUGAUACUGCUGUUCUGCUCACUUAUGUCUUUGAGAUAAUCGUGUCCUCAUACCUUUGUAGUGUUCUGGCUAUCCUACCUCAUUCCAGUUCCUGUACCAGUCAGCUGCUGUGCAGGUGGAUUCAAGCCUACCGUGGAUUUUUCACUGGCACCAUCUCUUCUGCAGGAGCUGUUGCUGCAUCUGCCCAUUCCAGUCUGUGCUGCAUCUCUCUGUACAGCAUAAAUACGAAAUGAGAGGAAUCUGCACUAUUCCAUAUUGUCUGUAAUGUGAUCUUUGGCCUCUAGAUAUCAAUGUGUUUUCUCUGUGGUAGCAGAACUUGAUCCUCAGCUGCUAUAUGAAUGACUACAGCAUCUGUCAGGUGGCUGUGGAGUCCAGCAUGUAGAGUUCAUGCUUGUGAACAGAACCAGGUGACCCUAAACAAAGGAUAACAUACAUUCCAGUUUGCAUGUGAUGGAUACUUACAGCGGAUGAGUGCCAUCUUGCUUGGGGAACUGCAAGUUCUAUUGCAACCGAUAAAUGCCAUAGCAGGUGGCAUUACUGCUGAGCAUGUUCAGUGCAAAUAUAACCUUCAGCAAGGGCAUCAAUAAAAUUCAUUUCUACAUCA